AUGCCCGCGGCGUUGGCGCAGUGCCUGCUGGCGCCGGAGGUUCCGUGCCGGCCACCCGGCAUGUGCUUGGGCGGGCUCCACCAGGCGCCGGUCAGCUUCUACCAGGUGAAGUGCGGUAAUGGCUUCCACUGUGUGUCCAAGGUGGGCGUCUUCGGGGCCCGCCACGACGGGGUGUACAAGAAGUCGCAGGUGGAGGACCUCCAGGCGAAGUACCAGGACGCCAUGGAGGACGGGUGCCCGGCCCGCGGCGUGGUGGGGUCUUCUGGGCAGUGCGCGGACGACGGCCACGGCACCACCCACAUGUGCUGGGCGAUGGACCGCUUCGAGGCCGGAGCAGGGCAGCCGUGCGACAGCGAGGACAAGGUCUCACGCUCGUGCAGUGGUUUCUUCCCCUGCGUCCGGAACACCACGAACGCUGGGGCGGCGGCCACCCACAACCGCUACUCCAAGACGGACGACGGGAACGAGGUGGUGACGGGAGUGUACGACGUGCAGCCCCCGAACAAGUGCUACGAGUGCGCCCAGUUCGACUGCGACCAGCAGGUGUGCCAGUCGUGCCCGAACUGCGAGUACACCACGAAGACGAUCGCAGGCCGGAAAACGAAGGGCUGCUUCGCAAUGGAUGGGGGGCUUGCCCGUUUGAAGAGGAGAGAUUCACGGGAUGGCAGGGCCUUCUUGUCUGGGAAGGUGCCUUUCCCGCAGGAGAUAAAGGUCGUCCCUCACUACCCGAUCUACGAUCCGAAGCAGAUGGCGAAUAGCGAUCUGAGCUGCUGGAAGACGUCCACGUGCAGCCUUCCGUACGAGGAGGUCCAGGAGCCUUUGUCCCACAAUGCCUGGAUCCAGAAGUACAAGCAGGCCGCGCCGAAGGUCCAGUUUCUACUGGACAAGCUGGUUGGCUCGAUGGUACGGCGGGCUCAGAAGCACGCCUUCGAGACGGAGGAUUGUUUUGACAAGAGCAGAGCCGGGAUCGCCACCAUUCCCGCACGGUACGAAAAGUUGCUCUCCGUGCAGACUGCGUGUCAGGAUAUGUCGAGGAUAGCGGACCAAAUCGCCCAUAAGCAGCCCUUUGAGGCCAAGGUUGAUGACAUGACGAUCGGUUGCCAGAAGGGUGAGGAUUCUGGCGGCAUGUGCGAGGCGCUGAAUUGCCACACUUCGGACCCGAAGCUGAAGAACGCAGUCAAGCUGCUCCUCGAGCGCAACGAGCAUUGCUAUGAGGUGGGCAAGAAGAUGCGCGCGGAGGAGGCAAAGAACGGGCCGCCUCCCCCCUUCGCACAGGAGACGGAGGGAGGAGGGCGCGUCGACACCCCCGCGGGCGUGGAGGCUCUGAAGAAGCUCCGCGGCGACGACGAGCCGGCGGAGCCGAAGCAGGCCGUGGCGCCGCCCGUGGCACCAGCUCUGUGCGCCACGGCUGCGGCCGCCCCCGGGCGGCGGGCAGGCUCGCGGGGCCUGCGGAGGCCCGCGGCGCCCGUGGCGAGGGCGCCGCAGCAGGCCGUGUGGCGCCCGUGGCGCCGGCUCUGUGGCGCCACGGCUGCGGCCGCCGCGGGGCGGCGGGCGAGCGGUCGCGGCCACGCCUCGGGGGCCCGGCGCGCGCGCGCGGCGGCCCGGCCCGCGGCCCUGCUGGCCCCCGCGCAGGGCGCGCCGCGCGGCCGCCGCGCGGCGGGGCGCGCGGCGAGGCGACGCUUGCGGCAGCCACGGGCCUCGGAGAGCUCGGCGGACGAGGAGCAGCACAGCAUGAUAGACUGUGCCCCAGAGGUCGAGCAAGGGCUGCGGAAGGUGCUCGUGGCGAAGGAGUCGACCCUCGGGCGCGCGCACGCGGAGACGAUCUCGUGGGUGUGCAGGCUCGCGAGGGCCCUGGCGGACCGGGGCCAGGCCCGAGAGGCGGAGGCGCUGUUCCGGCGCGCGCUGGAGGAGCGGGAGGUGGCGCUGGGCGCGAAGCACCCCGACACGACGACCUCCCUGCACGACAUCGGCAGGCUGCUGCACCGCACCGGCCGCCUCGCAGAGGCCGAGCGGUUCCUGCGGCUCGCGGUGGAGUGGCGCGAGGGGGCGCUGGGGCAGGACCACCCAGACGCGCUGGCCUCCCUAGAGGAGUUGGCGAUGCUCCUGAAGGCUGGCGGGAAUCACCGCGAGGCCGAGCAGCUCUUCUCGCGCGCGGGCAGGCUGCGGUGCGCCGCAGCGGCGCCCGCCGCGCCCGCGCCGCGCGCGGGGGCCUGAGAGGCCGCGGGCGCGGGGCGCGCGGCGGCGCCGCCCCGAGGGCGCGGCGGCGCCGUCUCUCGCGCAGCCCCGCCGCCUAGGCAGCAGGGGAGGGAGCAAAGUUUAGCCCCGAGCCCGGGGGACCGGAUCUGAGAUGCCGCUGUCUCCGUUCUCCCUGCUCCGACCGCUGCUGCGCUCGCGGAGGCGGGCUCCAAGGCCGAAUGCCGCACAUCAGCCGAUCGCGCCGUAGCAGCGCGCGAGCAAGAGCGCCGCUUGUUCUUCUGUCACCAUCUCUCUCUCUCUCUCUCGCUCUCUCUCUUUCUCU